CCUUCACCUCAAGCAAAAUGGAGGCGUAUGAACGAAAAAUCCAGUCCCUCUAAUUUAUUAUAAAUUUUCAUAUAUGUAUCAAAUUUUAUAUUCAAUACAGAUAUGAUACAUCACUAGAGAUAUGGGGAGUAUGAAAACUUCAGCAUUUUGUACUUUAAAGUACAUAUUUAUUAUCUUCAAUGCACUUAUAUGGUUAAUUGGUUGUGGGCUAUUUUCUGUUGGUAUAUGGAUGCAGGUUAACACAGGUCCCUACAUAAAUCUGCUGCCCAGCCACUAUGUGUUUGGUGCCACAGCAAUAAUAUGUAUAACAGGUGUUGUAGCACUUAUUAUAGGAUUUUGUGGCCUAGUUGGUGGUAUUAUGGAGAGUCGUCUUUGUAUGGUUGUAUAUUUUGUGUUUAAUAUAGUGGUAUUUGCUGCAGAAAUAACAAUUAUUGCUAUAGGAUUCUCAAAGAAAUCCCAGCUCCAGUCUUUUGUGAAGGAAGAAUUAAUGUAUAGUUUAGAGUUUAGUCAUAAUCCUGACAUCCAAUCAAACAAGAGGGAAGGUGUAGACAAUGUUAUAGAUUACAUACAACAAGAUCUGAAAUGUUGUGGUAUAAACAAUUACACAGACUGGUUUAACCAUCCAGCAUGGCCAGGGAACAGUUAUGUUACUGAUUCAUGUUGUUUACAUGAAGAGGAGGAGUGUGGGAAAUCUACUACUGCUGUGUGGUUCCGUAGGGGCUGUAAGGGAGAAAUAGAUUAUUGGUUUAUACAGAAUAUGACAGCUUUAGGAAUAUCUGCUUUAAUGAUUAUUGUGUUACAGGUUUGUACAAUGGCAGCAUCACUGUGUUUAUGUUGGGGCUUCAGGGAAGAUAAGUUCAGAAGUUAAUGACUCCAAGAAGACAGUGCUAGAAUGUACCAGGAAACACAAUUUAUAAGCUUUAGCACAGAAAAUGAAGUCUAGAAAUCCUAUGUAGCUUUAAAUAUAUCAGCCACACAAACACAUAUUAUAGCCUAGAUCUGAUGGAUUGUUAUAUUGCUCAUGGAGUAUUUAUUUGUUGUUUGUUAGGUCUCUGUAAAGAUCUGCUCACAACUAUCUGUAAAUUAUAAAAAAAACAAUUAUUUUCAAGGAAUUCAUGUUUUUUCACAGGGAACUGUUAUUUCUCCUCAAUUUACAAAAUCAAUGGAAUUAUAAUCAAUAUAACAAUAGUUAGAAUAGAACGUUAUGUACUAUGAAAUGUUUCAGGAAUAGUAUCAGUCAUCAUUCAGAAUCAGUGUACCAGACAGCUACAACUUUUUUUAAUGCUUAAAUUGUGAGGAAAUUAGAUAAUAUUUGGUACAUUUGUAAGGAAAUUAGAUAAUAUUUGGUAUAUUAUGAGGAAAUUAGAUAAUAUUUGGUAUAUUUGUAAGGAAAUUAGAUUAUAUUUGGUACAUUUGUAAGGAAAUAAGAUGAUAUUUGGUAUAUUUGUGAGGAAAUUAGAUUAUAUUUGGUAUAUUUGUGAUGAAAUUAGAUGAUAUUUGGUAUAUUUGUGAGGAAAUUAGAUGAUAUUUGGUAUAUUUGUGAGGAAAUUAGAUAAUAUUUGGUAUAUUUGUGACACCGUUUUACUUUUGUAGUAGUUUUAUCAUUCCUAAUUGUACGAAUAUCUCCACCUAAGUUGUUUUUUAUUAAGAUGUUUAACAACCUGAUGAUGAAAAGUAGGACUUUUUCAUUUGUAUAAAGAUGAUUAAUGGUUUUGAUUUGUAAAUGUAUCCCAGUAUCAUUAUUCUAUCACGUAUCACCGUCUUUGUGACAGAGAUAUUUACUUUGUAUCUUAAAAAAAUGGAUGGUUUUAUUAGAUUUAUUAAAUGAUUGAAAACUUAUUAACGGGUGAAGAGUAUAUACAUUUGAUCAACUUUACAGAAAUAGAGUCCAUCAAAUGUGUAAUUUCAGGCUAGACUUGUAUUUUAAAAAAAAAGGUUUUGAUUGAUUUUCUUGACAUGUUUGUGUCAUUUAUAGGAACAAACGUUAUUAUUAUUAUCUUUUUACUUGGCUUAUUGUUUUGAAAAAUAUAUUUUCUAUUAUUUAUAAGUCUGUAAAUUUUAUGAUACAUACUUAAAAACAGAAUCCCUAGUCCCAUUUUAAUUAAUCAUCAGUAUAGAUGCUAUGAUUUUGGAUGUUAACUCUUUAAAUACUGAUGGAUAACUCCAAGCAUGUUUUUUUAUAAAGGUUGUCAACUCCUUCCGAAGAUUCCUGAUAGGGAGUUCAAGCUUCCUACUUAAACAAAUUUUAUUUUUCCUUUCACAAUUGUUUUACUCUACAAAUCAAAAAACAAAUUUUUUGUUUAUUUCUUUACACAAAAGAGAGCUUCACAAACAAUGUAAAAUAGGUCCUACAUCAAAGGCUCACUAAUGAAUUAACCCAGAGGUAAAUCUGCCACUUUGGAACUGUGAAAGGUUGAUUCACCUGUUUCUGAUGCAUUUUUUGUAUUAUGGUUUAAUAAGCUUUAAAUAUACUCAUAUACGACAAGUUAACAAGGGCAAAUUUUGUUCAUAUGUUAAAACUUUUAUUAUCUGUUGGCUUUUGAUAUGUCAUGUAGAGGUAUACUAUCAUCUGUCGCUUUCACCACCUUUAUAGAAAGCUUUUGCUGUUUAAAGUUUGUCACACAGGCUGUUAUAACUCAACCUGAGUUUAUUUGACAUCUAUAGAAAAGGACAGGCAUUAUGAGUCGGUAACUCCUUAAGCUUUAACUUUAUUUCAGUCUUUCACUGAAUCUCUCAUACAUCAUGCCAUUGUGAACUUCCUGUUUUAUUGAUUGGUCCAAGAGGUUUUGGGGGUUUCAAUGGCAAAGUUUGAAUCUCACAUUAUCUGUAGAAAAGUGGAGUUGGGUAUCAUUUGAAAGUCUGCUUGCACUUAUGUAGUUUUUCCAGGAUAAUCCAGCAAUUUGCCAUUAAUAGCAGUUUCUGAGUUUGUCUGAACAUUAUCAUGAAAACAAUUCUAUUAAUGUUGUGUAACUUUAGUACUGCUGAUUAACCUAAAUGUCAUAGAAAUAUCCUAUUGUUAAGAUAAAUUUAGUAGCCAUCAAUCUUUUAGUAUGUAAUACACUUUGUUUAGGUAAUGUUUUUUAAUUAUAAUAAGUAAAAUAUAUAUAAAUGUUUGCUUAGAAGUUAGUGCCAAUUCAUAUAAUGUAGUUUUAUGAUUUUUUUUUUUUAUAGUUUUUGAUACAAGGUUUUUUUACUGACACAUUGUCAUUAAAUUAUUUAUUUCAAAACAAAUUAUUAUAUAUAUACACGUAGAUUAGGUGUUACAUAUUGUUUUUAAAAGCAUCUUUGUUUUAGCAUUUUAAUUUAAUUUUUAGUCUGUGCAUCAGAAAAUAAGUUUUAAAAAAUCAAAAAAGUAUUUAAUUUUGCGAUAGUUUUGUGAAAAUUUUCCCUGUGACCCAUGCAAUUCUAGUCACAAAUAUUUCAUUUAACUUUGGACGUGUUUGACUUGUACUGGUUUUGUAAAUGCAAGGGACACAGUAAAAUUAAAAAAUCUGCAGGAACUUUAAGCUGUCAAAAUAAGAGAUAUUCCAUUUAAAUAGAUUUUGGAGGAUAGGAAGGCACCCCAACAACCAGUAUACUUACCCUUGGUAUAUCUGCAUACAUUAGGUAGCAAUACACAGUUAGGAAAAAAAACUUGAAAUUGACACUCAUAAUUUUUAACCACACUCUUUCCCUUGCUUUGUAACAAAAUAGGCUUACUGUUUGUGUCAUGCAUGUGCAUAUUUAUGCAGCAUCUUCCAUAGAUUUGAUUUCCAAUAAUUAAAAUGGUGAAAAAUAAUCUCUUUUUGAUGUAACAUGGCAACAACCUGCUCGUUUUUAUACAAAAUAUUGCAAAAAAGGGGGGUAAAAAUGUCACAAAAGUCCCCAAAAUUUGGUCCAAAGUAUAAUUUCAAUCCAUUUGAGUGAUACUUUUUUCUGAAACCUUUGACAUUUAUCUAUCAGGAGGUAAAAUAAAAAUCAUUUGAAUUUCACCUCAUUUUUCCAUAGAAUUGAAAAGUUUGAGCAUAAAAUAUUUCUUGGAAAACACUACAAUAAUUUAUGGACCUAUGGGCGGUACAAAUGUAAAAAUACAGACUGUCAAACCGAAAAUGGCCUAUGAACCAUGCAAAAAACAAUCUUGAUGUUCAUAUAAACCCACUUUGAAGGCUAUCUUAUUCUCUAAAAAUCAAUUUUAUUGCACAAUAACUUUCAUAUUUGAAAAACUCACCAGUACCAAAAUGCAAAACCAAACUCCUAACUGUGUAUUGCCACCUCAAGUAGACAUACAGUUAUAACCUACAAACUAUGUCUAAAUGCCUCAUACAUUCACAACGGAAAAGAUCUCUUAAAUAUUUUUCUUGAGGCGUUCAUGGUUGUUUUAAUACUUAUUUAGUAAACUCACUGAGUAAUCAACAAUCAUUCUUGCAAUCUUAAUAAGAAUUAUGAAUAUAUUCUGUCAUCUCCUUGCAUCUACACACUUAAAGUGUAUUUGCUGGUAUAGUAAUCAGAUAGUAUUAAGAAUGCUUGGUUAUAUUGAUGUGAUAUUUAUUAUCUGCAUGUAUUGUAGUCAGUUGUGUCGCUUACUUUAUCAAAUUAUUAUUCAAGGCCAGUACUUAACUGAUAUAAUUUCCAGAAAUAAAGAAGAGAAAGAGAGAAGAAAUGUCAUUUGUACAAUUGCCAGUGAAAUAAUGAUUAAUUCAUAUAACAGGUCAGCACAUAUGGACAGCUAGGAGGAAAAAUCAAAUGAAAUGAAGAAUAAGAAAAUGGAAUUAAAGAAUUAUGAAUAUUAUGAUGAUUUAGAGUUCAGAGAGAUUGUAGUACAUGUAUUAAGAAAUUCUGGUAUCUCAUAAAUACAUCUCUCAGGUACUUAACAUUAAAUGUGGUUUAUGGUUGUAGGUUUGUUUAUAAGCUUUAAAUUACUGAUUUUCUUUAUAUGUUAUCAAAGUAUCAGUUUUAUACAGAUUUAUACAAGAAAUAAAGUCUUAACAAAG